UGACUCUGUUCAGGGCUGGGAAAAUAUAAACUCAGUGGAAGACAUGCUUCUUGCUCUCCAACUGCCCACAGUCAAAUUUGGUGACCAAAGCAGAAACAUGGGAAAUGAUAGGGAGUCACUGUCGUCAGUAAGGACAGAAUAAUGUAAAACCUGAAUGAAAGUGAUGGGGUGGACAGGUAAAGUGGAGAAGGGGACAGAGAAUGCAUUUCUACCUCUGAGAGGUAAACGACUGGCCUUUAAAAAAAUAUUUUCUUUGAAAAGUGUUUUUUUAAAAUGAGUCAGCGUUUUUAAGUUAGGAGAUUUCAGAUAAAUUCUUGGAAUUCUUGAAAUCUCUGUGAAUAUAUCCUCACCCCAGGCCCACAAGCCUGCUGGAGCUGAGCCGUCCACUGGGCUGUAAACUCCCCACGACACCCCAGACCCACCAUUCCCUCCUGUCUCCCGUUCACCAAGGGAGAGAAGGCAUUUAUCAAGCCCUUAUCCUGUCGUCAUUUUAAAGCAGAGAAAUGUAUUUCUGGAUUCAGGUCUUUUACUCUGAGGUCGGCGUAGACAAAUCCCUGCAGGAGCGGUCCUACGGUGUGCCGCCCAGCCUGAAUACCCCGACCUCUGGACGAUUGGAUCAUCAGAUGAUUUUUGAGGAAGUGAUCGGAGAUUUGAAACCAGGCACUGAAUACCGCGUGAACAUGGCAGCUUACAGCCAGACUGGCAAAGGGCGGCUUAGCUCUCCUCAGCAUGUUACCACUUUGCCCCAAGCAAAGACUACAGCCAACUCCAGUUUGCUGUCCUGCCUAGAUUCCUGCCUGCCUCCAACAGCACCCCAGCAGCCGCACGUCAUUGUGGUUUCUGAUUCCGAGGUGGCCCUGUCUUGGAAACCUGGAGAAAGUGAAGGAAGCUCUCCUAUUCAGUACUAUUCUGUGGAAUUCACCAGGCCAGAUUUUGACAAGAGUUGGACCUCAAUCCAAGAACAGAUCCAGAUGGAUUCCAUGGUGAUCAAGGGCCUCGAUCCUGAUACCAACUACCAGUUUGCUGUGAGGGCCGUGAAUCCGCAUGGUCCCAGCCCUCGAAGUCAGCCCAGCAGCACCAUCCGAACUGCCCGUCCCGAGGAAUCUGGAAGUGGGCGCUAUGGACCCCAUUAUGCAACCGACACAGAGACUGGCGAGGAUGAUGACACAUUUGAAGAUGACUUAGAUUUGGAUAUUUCCUUUGAGGAGGUUAAACCACUUCCUGCUAUCAAAGAAGGGAAUAAGAAAUUUUUUGUGGAAUCCAAGAUGGCGCCUCGACUGAACCCAAUGACUGUUUCUAGGCUUGUCCCCCCAACCCCAGCAUCUCUCCCCACAGCUGCAGUGGCUCUGCAGCCCACUCCAGUGGACAGGAAGGGAAAGAAUGGUGUGGCUAUGAUGCCAAGGCUUUUUGACAUGUCUUGUGAUGAAACUCUUUGCUCUGCUGACAGCUUUUGUGUCAAUGACUACACCUGGGGGGGCUCUCGAUGCCACUGCAACCUGGGCAAAGGUGGUGAGAGCUGCUCAGAAGAUAUUGUUAUACAGUAUCCUCAGUUCUUUGGUCAUUCCUAUGUAACCUUUGAACCUUUGAAGAACUCUUACCAGGCAUUUCAAAUUACUCUUGAAUUUAGGGCAGAGGCAGAGGACGGCUUACUUCUCUACUGCGGGGAGAAUGAGCAUGGCAGGGGGGAUUUCAUGUCCCUGGCUGUCAUCCGGCGCUCUCUCCAGUUCAGGUUUAACUGUGGAACUGGGGUCGCCAUCAUUGUAAGUGAGACCAAAAUCAAACUCGGGGGCUGGCACACCGUUACGCUCUACAGAGAUGGGUUGAACGGGCUGCUGCAGCUGAACAAUGGCACCCCAGUGACAGGCCAGUCCCAGGGCCAGUACAGUAAAAUUACCUUCCGGACACCUCUCUAUCUUGGUGGCGCUCCCAGUGCUUACUGGUUGGUGAGAGCAACAGGGACAAACCGAGGCUUUCAAGGCUGUGUGCAGGCACUCACUGUUAACGGGAAGAGAUUGGACCUGAGGCCCUGGCCGCUGGGGAAAGCGCUCAGCGGGGCCGAUGUGGGGGAGUGCAGCAGUGGAAUCUGUGAUGAAGCCUCGUGCAUCAAUGGUGGCACCUGCACGGCGAGCAAAGCCGAUUCCUACAUUUGCCUCUGUCCCCUGGGCUUUCGAGGUCGACACUGUGAAGAUGCUUUCACCUUGACCAUUCCUCAGUUCAGAGAGUCUCUGAGGUCCUACGCUGCAACCCCCUGGCCUCUGGAGCCCCGGCAUUACCUUUCCUUCAUGGAAUUUGAGAUCACAUUUCGGCCGGAUUCGGAAGAUGGCGUGCUCCUGUACAGCUAUGACACGGGCAGCAAAGACUUCCUGUCCAUCAACAUGGCAGGGGGCCACGUGGAGUUCCGCUUUGACUGUGGCUCUGGGACUGGUGUUCUCAGGAGUGAAGAGCCCCUCACCCUGGGCCACUGGCACGAGCUGCGUGUGUCCCGCACAGCAAAGAACGGCAUCUUGCAGGUGGAUAAGCAGAAGGCGGUGGAGGGGAUGGCAGAGGGAGGCUUCACCCAGAUUAAGUGCAACUCGGACAUUUUCAUUGGUGGGGUCCCCAAUUAUGAUGACGUGAAGAAGAACUCGGGCAUCCUCAAGCCGUUCAGUGGGAGCAUCCAGAAGAUCAUCCUGAAUGACCGGACCAUCCACGUAAAGCAUGACUUCACGUGGGGCGUGAACGUGGAGAAUGCAGCCCACCCCUGCGUGGGGUCCCCCUGUGCCCAUGGGGGCAGCUGCCGACCCAGGAAGGAGGGCUAUGAGUGUGACUGCCCCUUGGGCUUCGAGGGGCUGCACUGCCAGAAAGCGAUCACAGAAGCUAUUGAGAUCCCGCAGUUUAUUGGCCGCAGUUACCUGACAUAUGACAAUCCAGAUAUUCUCAAGAGGGUGUCAGGAUCAAGAUCAAACGCGUUCAUGCGGUUUAAGACAACUGCCAAAGAUGGCCUGUUGCUGUGGAGGGGAGACAGCCCCAUGAGACCCAACAGUGACUUCAUUUCCUUGGGCCUUCGGGAUGGAGCCCUGGUGUUCAGCUAUAACCUGGGCAGUGGUGUGGCAUCCAUCAUGGUGAAUGGCUCAUUCAAUGAUGGUCGGUGGCAUCGAGUCAAGGCCGUUCGGGAUGGCCAAUCAGGAAAGAUAACCGUGGAUGACUAUGGGGCCAGAACAGGCAAGUCACCCGGCAUGAUGAGGCAGCUCAACAUCAACGGAGCCCUGUAUGUGGGCGGAAUGAAGGAAAUCGCUCUGCGCACUAACAGGCAGUACAUGCGAGGCCUCGUGGGCUGCAUUUCUCACUUCACACUGUCCACCGAUUACCACAUUUCCCUGGUGGAAGACGCCGUGGAUGGGAAAAACAUCAACACUUGCGGAGCCAAGUAACACCAGCUGGCCCUGCCCAAAAGACCGAGCCUUCUAUCCCGAGAGUCCCAGGGGCCCGAGACCCUGCCGGACACAGAGGCAUGGGGACCAGGAGUGUGUCUUGUCCUCAAGGAGCAAGUUCACCCUGAUGGGAAACUAGAACCGAGGCGGGAGUCCCUCGGUGGCCUUUCCUGCUGACACUCUGUGGGCCAAACCCAACGGAACACUCUGUGUAGGAAGCCUGAGACUUUGUCCACUGAGUGUGAGGUGGCUGCCAGAGAGCACACAUCAAGGCGAAUUUCCGAGCCCGUCUGCUGUAGUUCAAUGACUGUGUUGUGAUUCAUAGUUCAUUUUUUAAAAAAAAGAGAGAGACCCAAAGGGCAGUAUUAAAAUACUUCUCUCCUCUCCUGACUCAUCACACUCUUACUGACAGCAGAAUGACUGUAAAACCUUGAACCUCAAUUUUCUCACUUCGGCCCAUGAAUAACUAGGAUUAACCCCUUCCCCUCCUCGCUGCAUUCAAUGUGCUUUGACUAUGAAAAUAAGGAUGAAGGGAGACUAGAGAUAGAAUCAUAAUUAUGAAGCUGCCCCCCACCCCCGCCAACCCUGGAAAGUUUACCUUUAAUGAGAAAUCCUUACUUUUUAUAAUGCAAAUCUCAGAAAACGGGCACCAUGAUUUUGUAGCUGUCCUUUUGUAUGUGUAUAUUUUUAUAGCGACCGACUGUCCAUGCGGUAUACUUUCGCGAGUUUGAGUGGACGACCCCGAGUUCUUCGCACACUUCCUAGAAUUUUCUCCCAAAGGAGACUUGUCUGGGCCCUUUGUGGCAUCAGCAGUGUGGGGUGGGCACCUUGGGGAGCUGACCAUUCCCUCUUGGUAAAGGAUGGCUCAAAGAGGCAAAUAUGAAGCUUCCCGAAUAAGCAGAUGAGAAGGCACCUGCGUUACUGAGGUGGGUCACUGUCUUGGUUUUGAGAGAGGGGGAUGUCUGUAGUACACUUGAAUAAAGGAGAUGAAGGCUACAGUGCAUUCAUUUGGUUGUUCAUUCACCCAUGGAAGGCUUACUGGUCCCUCCCAGGGCCGUGUCCAGAAAUGGACAUGAAUACAGUCAAGUGUUUCUGAGGCUGGGUAGGGGGCACCCUCGGCCUGGUCUGAGCAUCUGGACAAGAAUCAGGGAAGCAAGGUUGCUUCCUUGGGAGCCAUCGUGGUACCGCUCAGCCAGCUCAUGAGUGACCCUGGGGACGGCGGGCUCCCUGGCAGAUCCCCCGUGCUGGGACUUGUGAGGGAGGUGAGAUGAAUGCUGCUACCAACCUAAGAGGAGGGAGAUAUGAUCCACCUCACAGAGGCACCUACGAGUAGCUCUACUCUUGCUUGUGCAGCAGGCUCUCAGCGAAGGCUUGAAACUUUGCACCAAGCACCGUUCUAGGCACAUUAAGAGUUCUAAAACUGAAUAAAUAAACUAGAGACAUUCACCUUGCA